AUGUCCAACCAGAUCUGGAAACACGACGAAGAGGCCUGGAGCACAUGGCUCGCGGGCUAUUUCCCCCACAGUGAAGGCUACACCAUCGAAUCUACCGGAGACAAUAACGCAAAGAGGGAGUCUCUGAGAUUUGAAGUCUACACGGACAAUCAUUAUUAUGAAGUGAUGGAUCCGGUACUUGGCCCAUCACGACAUCUAGUGAGCUACAACUUCUUCACGCUCCUUAUUGAACCGAAAUGUUGGCUCGAGGUAUGUGAAACCAUACUGGAAACACACUGGUCGGGGACUAGGAAGGAUGCACCUAGCCGGGUUGACCUGGUGGGAGCCGUGCGCCUCAGAGGCAGGUUUUAUUUCUACAGGGGGAGAUUCUCUGGCCCUGGCCAGAAAGUUAAACCACUCAGGCUUGGACGGGGAUACGACUUAGUACACUUCAAUAUAUAUUCCAAACCAGAUCAUACUGUUGAAGUUGCUGGCACCCAGCAAGCUGUGGUGGAUCGUAUCUCUUACCGUAUCAAGGAGCAGUUGAAUCCUGCUACCAAUAGGGUGAGUGGUAUGGAUUGUGAUUUUACUCCGGAGGGGAAGCUUACAGAGACUGGAUUGGAAAGAUAG